ACAUUACAACCCAAGCCGGGAGACAAACACAAGUACCCGCAGCGCGCCCUUUACCUUUUUCUAGUAGUUAUGCAAGCUCUACUGUUGCCGGCAGGUCGGUCCGGCGGCGCACCGCUAGCUCCGCCGUCAUCACUGGCGGCGAAACCCUCCUUACCCCCGCCUUACCUUCACCGCCUCCCUAUAUUCCUUUCUCCUCUCCACUCCCCGUCUCUUCCAUCAUCCCUUAACACUCAUCUGUCUCUCUCUUCUUCUUCUUCUUCUUCUUCUUCUUCUCUCUCUUCAUCUCAUACUACGCUCAGCAAGAGAACUACUUCUCUCGCCUCUGCCCCCAUUUCUACGGCCUAUUCUUCCCCAAAUGACGAUUCCGAGAAAGCCAAACUCGCUCAGGUUGCGAAGAGGUUAGCGAGUACUGCGAGGUACUUCAAGAGGUUGGGUAGUUUUGGGUUUUGGGGACAGCUAGUGUGCACUGUUGUGGCUGCCGUGAUCCUUUCCUUUUCUGUUGUUAUUACCGGGAAGAUCACUUCACCUGUUACAUUUUAUUCAACUGCUGGUGGAAUUGCAGCCGCAUUCAUUUCAGUGUUUUGGUCAUUUGGGUACAUCCGUCUGUCAGACAGGCUCCGGAGAACUGCCAAUGACCCUUCAAAGGCUCCUCCUCGAGCUGAUGUUGUGAAAAGCUUGAAAAAUGGCAUAGCAUUGAACCUUCUGGGAAUGGGUGCUGCUAUCCUCGGCAUGCAAGCCACGGUGGGAUUGUUGGUUGCAAAAGCCCUAACUACUUCAGCUAAUCCUUAUUACCAGGGGCCUGGGUCCAGCCCUGUUCUUGCUUUGGAUGUAUUCUUGGUACAGGCAUCAGCGAACACUAUCCUUUCCCAUUUCUUGGGGCUUGUUUCCUCGCUGGAGCUGUUACGGUCAGUGACUUUGCCACCAUCAGAAAGCAAUCCAGUUCCGAGGAUUGCGUAGCCUGGUUCCACUGGAUGGUAAGCAAAUACUAGUUUGAGAAUUUCAGGUGAAAUCCAUGUUUUUCAGAUCAUCAUUGUUGACAGGAGAGGGGAGGGGAUGUUCACAUCUCUGCAUAUGAUUGUUACAAACUUCAAGCUGUGUAUUUUUAUUCUGGGAUUUUACAACCCCCCAUUUCAUUGUUCAGUUUAAUACAGAUUUAUGAGUGCAAUUAUCCGAACUUCCAGUGAAAUUAAAAUGCUCUAGGAGAAUGAAAAUUAGCCUGUCUUUUGCCAGUUUGUUUUGUUUUGUUUUUCUUCUCUCACUGAUAAUGAGAUUCGCUGUAGUUGGUCCAGUUGAGGAGAGUGAAAUUUUACACUUUCGUAAAAUGCGUUGCUCUCUCAUCCUCUAGUCCUAAUCGUAGAGCAGCAAAGCCUCUUUUCCUUGGCAAACAUGGUGAUGAGCGUGUACUGUAUGAUCAUAAAUAUUUUACACUUGAAGUGUAUGCCAAACAAGCUCCUUUUGUAGAUGGCCAAAA